AGUAUUUAUCCCUUUUUUCUUUUGAUCGAACAUUUUAUGAGACAGAGAGAAAAAGAAAGAGAAAGCGAAAGAGAGGGAAAGUUUUCAGAGAAAGAGAGAAAGAACGAAAGAAAUCGCUUCCAGCAUUGAAGGUACCAAGGUUAUGGAUCCAAUCUAUGUAAUAAUUAGGCACAUAAUUUGAUGUGCUCUUGAGGUCCGCAACUCACUUACUUAAGUACAUAUCUACAACCCUUGGAAUUUAUAGUGGAGAAUGGCAGAUAAAGUAUCGAGCUUCUGGGGUCCUGUAACAUCAACUACAGAGUGGUGUGAGAAGAAUUAUGUCUAUUCUUCUUAUGUUGCUGAAUUCUUCAACACUGUUUCAAAUGUACCAUGCAUACUCUUGGCAUUUUUUGGACUUAUAAAUGCCUUAUCUCAACGCUUUGAAAAAAGAUUCAGUGUUCUACACAUAUCAAAUAUGAUACUGGCUAUUGGGAGUGGGUUAUUCCAUGCAACUCUGCAACAUGUACAACAGCAGAGUGACGAAACACCAAUGGUCUGGGAAAUGCUUCUCUACCUCUAUAUCCUAUACUCACCAGAUUGGCAUUAUCGAAGCACAAUGCCAACAUUUUUGUUCUUGUAUGGUAUUGUGUUUGCUGUCGCCCACUCCUUUGUGCGUUUUGAGAUUGGAUUCAAGUUCCAUUAUGCAAUCCUCUGUCUCCUAGGCAUCCCACGUAUGUACAAGUACUACAUCUACACUGCAGAUGCGUCUGCGAAGCGUCUCGCCAAGCUGUAUGUGCUUACAAUUUCCCUAGGAAGUGUGUGCUGGCUUUGUGAUCGUUUUCUCUGCAAAGAGAUCUCUGGAUGGUACAUUAACCCACAAGGUCAUGCAUUCUGGCACAUCCUGAUGGGUUUUAACUCCUACUUCGCAAACACGUUUUUGAUGUUCUGUCGUGCUCAACAACUUGGAUGGUCUCCAAGAGUCGUUCAUUUUAUGGGAAUCUUACCCUAUGUGAAAAUUCAAAAGCCAAAAAGUCAGUGAUAGAAGAAUUAGAAUGAUGCAGGUUUAGAGACAACCAAGUUUGAAGCUCUUUUGAUGAUUCCAGAACGUGAACAAGUAAAGGGGACAAACUUUUCUUUUUAUUGUUUUAUUUUUUAUUUAUUUCUGUUACGUCUAAAAAAAGAUGUAAAUGGGAUGACCUAACACUCGCUUAUGGGUUAGGACGACUUUAAUCGAUGUAUAACUAGAUUGUUGCGAUUGUACCAUAUUUCUUUCCCCUGUCAACAUGUUUGUCACAGAUUUCCAGAACGAGCUUCUUAGGAUCCUUCUGUGUUUUGAAUAGUCAUUCGUCUUCUUACCUUUAGCUACCACUUGGAGAAACUGUUUAAGAGUUGAUAAUGUUGAUUUUGUUCCAACUUGGUUCCUU